AUGUCCCGACGGCUAGAAGAUGCCACGGAAGACAUUAUUUUGACGGGAGGUCAAGCAGGACGACGUGCGCUUGAAGAUGCUGGGUUCAGCGAAGAGCUUAAAAGUCGACUUCUGGUCAAAAUUGCUGAUGCGCAAAUGCGGUCGGAGCACAAGCAUUCUACAGACAGAGGCCUGAUGGGAAUAGCGGCGGCGACACCAUGGACUGGUGAGGAACCUGCAGCAGACACGGUGCUGCGAAUGCUCGACGACUCGCAUAGGCCGUUACCGACAAAAAUACGAGGCAAAGUCAACGUUUCGGGUCCUUCUUCGGACCUACGCUUCGGGAGACUCUCGACUCAAAGUUCCAGAGAGCGGAUUGCGCUAGUCCGAGAUAAAGUGGCGGCCUACGCAGGACUUGAAGGAGACGCAGAUAAGGGACUUAGUGAAAGAGAACGAGAAGCUAUGCGCCAGGAAUUUCGGGAUCGGUUUACACCGGAUGCACGCGCUAUGCCCACUAACAUAUCGGGCCUAGCAGCAUUGGCCAACGAGCGCAUAGAAAACGCAAUUGCCCGCGGACAGUUUCGAAACAUCCCACGAGGUCCAGGGAUAAACAGCGACAGCUGUGCUGACAAACCGUUCAUUGACACAACAGAAUACAUACUGAAUAAGAUGAUACAACGGCAGGAUAUAGUUCCACCGUGGAUUGAAAAACAACAGGAGUUGAUGCGUGCUGCAAAGAUGUUCCGGGUGCGCUUACGAAAUGACUGGAGACGCCAUGCAACACGAUCCAUUACCGAGCUGGGCGGAUCACUGCAGGAACAAAUGGCCCGAGCCAAUGCCUAUGCACUGGCAGAGCAGGCUAACAACCCUCGGCUUCGCGACACAGAGCAGAUCUCUGUCCCUACGAACACUACUGAUGACCUAGUAAUGGUCAAGUUCCGAGAAUUGCCGUUGCAAAAAGAUGGGGCUAGAAAGGCCAAUGAAGCAGAAACGGAUGUGACUAUUGAUGAAGCGCAAGGGUUUCCAUCUCGCGACAGCCAAUGGGUGGCCAUCGAGAGAUCUUAUAUGGAGUUGAAAGUAAAAAACCUCAACGUCCUGAUCCGCUCCUACAAUUUGAUGGCUCCGGAACUGGCCAGGAAACCAUACUUUUCGUUGGACCGUGAACUUCGUACAUGCUUUGCCGAUGUCGCUCCAAGCCUAGCUGAUACUAUCCGUGAUCGUGCUGCGCGACCACAUGACCUUGCGUUGGCAGCUAAAAAGCAAGACACACCUGGCCGGCCUUUUCUUGACUGGUUCGUUGGACAGGGAAGUACCGCACGGGUGCAUGAAUCGACGUCCCCCAACUAUGGGCUGAAGGAGAUGUGGCGAGACCUUUGGAAAAAACGCUGA